UGUCACUGUCACUUGUCAAUCAAACAGCUGAGCAAGUGCUGCACUGCGUAAACUAGAAACGAAAAAUUCUAAAAAUAAUUUGUGAUUUGACUAUUUUACGGUGGUGCCGUAAGAAUAAAACGCAAAAUGACGCUGUGGCGCCUAUCCAGACUUGUUGCUCAAACAAAGAACUUGGCUAGACCUGAACAAAUGUUGUCGAAGAGGCCCGCUACGACGACCCCAAGUGGGGCGAUACUCCCGGAGCCCGAGAAGCAGCCGUUUGGUCUCCUCGGCAUCGUGUGCGCGGUGGUGCCCGGCCUGCUCGUCGGGGCCGCUAUUAGUAAAAACAUUGCCAACUUCCUAGAAGAGAACGAAUUGUUUGUGCCAUCCGAUGAUGAUGACGACGAUGACUAAUUAUGAUAUUAUGACCAAGGUUAUAAAUAAGACUCAAAGUGUAAGUUAUAUUAUUUUUAAUGUUUACAAUAAUUUAUAAGAAUGUUAAAACUCAAAAUAUAUUAAAAGUUUUGUGCUUACAAUAAAUUAGU